AUGGAGUGGAAGAAGCAAAACAAGACAUAUCAAAUCCUCAAGGCUGCCGACGAUGGCGGUUAUGGUGUGGUCGCGGCCAUCGCGUACAACAUCGAGAGCAUCUUGGGCCUCAUCCGUGCAGCAGAAGCAAAACGCUCACCGCUCAUUCUGCAGCUGUUUCCCUGGGCUAUCACCUACAGCGACGGGCUCUUAGUUCACGCCGCAGCACAAUACGCACGGCAAGCGUCUGUGCCCGUGUCGAUCCACCUUGAUCACGCACAAGACGAGGCAUUGAUUAGGCAUGCGGCGGCAAACCUUCCAUUUGACUCCAUCAUGGUGGAUAUGAGCCACUAUGAAAUGGACGAGAACCUGAGGAAGACCCGAGAACUGGUCGCCUUCUGCAACGAGCACAAGAUUACGACCGAGGCGGAGCCAGGACGGAUCGAGGGCGGUGAGGAUGGUAUCGCUGAUACUGCGGACCUCGAAGGCGCCCUGACUACGUCUGAGCAGGUCGAGGAUUUCAUUGCUACCGGAAUCGACUUUCUCGCACCUGCUUUUGGCAACGUGCACGGGGACUACGGGCCCAAGGGCCCUAACCUGGAGUAUGACAGGCUCCAAAUGAUCAGAGAGAAGGUUGCUGGAAGGGUGCGCCUGGUCGUGCACGGAACAAACGACUGGCCCGAGGAGGUCACCAAGAAGUGCGUGGCUGGUGGGUGUGUGAAGGUGAACGUCAACAAGUUGGUCCUGCUCGACUACAACAACUACCUCAAGAGCAAUGCGCCCACAAAGCCUCUUACCACGUUGAUGGAGGAGGGAACCAAGGAAAUUCAGAGGCUGACAGAAUGGGCUCUUGAUGUUUGUGGAAGUACUGGAAAAGCUUAG